AUGCGGGAGGAUAGCUUGAACCUAGUGAGACAGGGUAUCCUCACGCCCUCAGGUGAUCCGAACGAACCACAGUUGUCCGAGCAGUACAAGAAGUACCUCGGCAGUCUUCCUGUGCUUACGAUUCUGGAUGAACGGAGGGCCGCGGAGCUAAGCUUGGUCGGGCUCACCUAUGGUGCCGCAUUUCUCACAGGCGUUUGCAAGCGCCUGGAUGCCUUGGGCAAAGCUCCCUUGGAGCCUGGCACCCUCCAGCUUGCCUGCUAUGAUGGCGAGGGCGUGGCGUACCACGUGCACGAGGACUACGUUCCGAAGAAAGACUACAAUCCAGAAGAUCUGCCGGAGCACCACCGCUUGUCAUACAAGAGGCGGAUUACUGCAACCCUGUAUCUCCAGGAGGAUUGGCAGCAAGAUAUGGGCGGUGCCUUCCGUGCACAUGCCUUUCGGCCCGAGACUGAUGAGCCUUCCCCUGAAGACUUUGUCGACAUUCUCCCAGCUUCCUACUUUUGGUCAGCGCUUCGCUCUGUCGAU